GGCGGCCGGAAGAACGCGCGGCUUCACUAGGUUCCGCGGCCUCCUCAGACCGAGCUUGACGUCACCAAAGCGCGCCGGAAAUGCGGCUCAACUGCCCGCCGCUGGCGCUGACGGGGGGAAGUUUGCUGUCGAGCGGCCUGGGUUCCGUGGGCAAGGCCGUGGGAGGCAGCGUUGGCUGCUUCGACACACUGAGGGCGGCGCGAUGGGAGACGAGAUGGAUGCCAUGAUUCCCGAGCGGGAGAUGAAGGAUUUUCAGUUUAGAGCGCUAAAGAAGGUGAGAAUCUUUGACUCCCCUGAGGAAUUGCCCAAGGAACGCUCGAGUCUGCUUGCUGUGUCCAACAAAUAUGGUCUGGUCUUUGCUGGUGGAGCCAGUGGCUUGCAGAUUUUUCCUACUAAAAAUCUUCUUAUUCAAAAUAAACCCGGAGAUGAUCCCAAUAAAAUAGUUGAUAAAGUCCAAGGAUUGCUAGUUCCUAUGAAAUUCCCAAUCCAUCACCUGGCCUUGAGCUGUGAUAACCUCACACUCUCUGCGUGCAUGAUGUCCAGUGAAUAUGGUUCCAUUAUUGCUUUUUUUGAUGUUCGCACAUUCUCAAAUGAGGCUAAACAGCAAAAACGCCCAUUUGCCUAUCAUAAGCUUUUGAAAGAUGCAGGAGGCAUGGUGAUUGAUAUGAAGUGGAACCCCACUGUCCCCUCCAUGGUGGCAGUUUGUCUGGCUGAUGGUAGUAUUGCUGUCCUGCAAGUCACGGAAACAGUGAAAGUAUGUGCAACUCUUCCUUCCACGGUAGCAGUAACCUCUGUGUGCUGGAGCCCCAAAGGAAAGCAGCUGGCAGUGGGAAAACAGAAUGGAACUGUGGUCCAGUAUCUUCCUACUUUGCAGGAAAAAAAAGUCAUUCCUUGUCCUCCGUUUUAUGAGUCAGAUCAUCCUGUCAGAGUUCUGGAUGUGCUGUGGAUCGGUACCUACGUCUUCGCCAUAGUGUAUGCUGCUGCAGAUGGGACCCUGGAAACGUCUCCAGAUGUGGUGAUGGCUCUACUACCGAAAAAAGAAGAAAAGCACCCAGAGAUAUUUGUAAACUUUAUGGAGCCCUGUUAUGGCAGCUGCACGGAGAGACAGCAUCAUUACUACCUCAGUUACAUUGAGGAAUGGGAUUUAGUGCUGGCAGCGUCUGCGGCUUCAACAGAAGUUAGUAUCCUUGCUCGACAAAGUGAUCAGAUUAAUUGGGAAUCUUGGCUACUGGAGGAUUCUAGUCGAGCUGAAUUGCCUGUGACAGACAAGAGUGAUGACUCCUUGCCCAUGGGAGUUGUCGUAGACUAUACAAACCAAGUGGAAAUCACCAUCAGUGAUGAAAAGACUCUUCCUCCUGCUCCAGUUCUCAUGUUACUUUCAACAGAUGGUGUGCUUUGUCCAUUUUAUAUGAUUAAUCAAAAUCCUGGGGUUAAGUCUCUCAUCAAAACACCAGAGCGACUUUCAUUAGAAGGAGAGCGACAGCCCAAGUCACCAGGAAGUACUCCCACUACCCCGACCUCCUCUCAAGCCCCACAGAAACUGGAUGCUUCUGCAGCUGCAGUCCCUGCCUCUCUGCCACCUUCAUCACCUGCUGCUCCCAUUGCCACUUUUUCUUUGCUUCCUGCUGGUGGAGCCCCCACUGUGUUCUCCUUUGGUUCUUCAUCUUUGAAGUCAUCUGCUACGGUCACUGGGGAGCCCCCUUCAUAUUCCAGUGGCUCCGACAGCUCCAAAGCAGCCCCAGGCCCUGGCCCAUCAACCUUCUCUUUUGUUCCCCCUUCUAAAGCCUCCCUAGCCCCCACCCCUGCAGCGUCUCCUGUGGCUCCAUCAGCUGCUUCAUUCUCCUUUGGAUCAUCUGGUUUUAAGCCUACCCUGGAAAGCACACCAGUGCCAAGUGUGUCUGCUCCAGAUAUAGCAAUGAAGCCCUCCUUCCCACCCUCAACCUCUGCUGUCAACGUCAACCUUAGUGAAAAGUUUACUGCCGCAGCUACUUCUACUCCUGUUAGCUCCCAGAGCGCACCCCCGAUGUCGCCAUUCUCUUCUGCCUCCAAGCCAGCUGCUUCUGGACCACUCAGCCACCCCCCGCCUCUCUCAGCACCACCUAGUUCCGUGCCAUUGAAGUCCUCAGUCUUGCCCUCACCAUCAGCAGGACGAUCUGCUCAGGGCAGUUCAAGCCCAGUGCCCUCAAUGGUACAGAAAUCACCCAGGAUAACCCCUCCAGCGGCAAAGCCAGGCUCUCCCCAGGCAAAGUCACUUCAGCCUGCUGUUGCAGAAAAGCAGGGACAUCAGUGGAAAGAUUCAGAUCCUGUAAUGGCUGGAAUUGGGGAGGAGAUUGCACACUUUCAGAAGGAGUUGGAAGAGUUAAAAGCCCGAACUUCCAAAGCCUGUUUCCAAGUGGGCACUUCUGAGGAGAUGAAGAUGCUGCGAACAGAAUCAGAUGACUUGCAUACCUUUCUUUUGGAGAUUAAAGAGACCACAGAGUCGCUUCAUGGAGAUAUAAGUAGCCUGAAAACAACUUUACUUGAGGGCUUUGCUGGUGUUGAGGAAGCCAGAGAACAAAAUGAAAGAAAUCGUGACUCUGGUUAUCUGCAUUUGCUUUAUAAAAGACCACUGGAUCCCAAGAGUGAAGCUCAGCUUCAGGAAAUUCGGCGCCUUCAUCAGUAUGUGAAAUUUGCUGUCCAAGAUGUGAAUGAUGUUCUAGACUUGGAGUGGGAUCAGCAUCUGGAACAAAAGAAAAAACAAAGGCACCUGCUUGUGCCAGAGCGAGAGACACUGUUUAACACCCUAGCCAACAACCGGGAAAUCAUCAACCAACAGAGGAAGAGGCUGAAUCACCUGGUGGAUAGUCUUCAGCAGCUCCGCCUUUACAACCAGACUUCCCUGUGGAGCCUGUCCUCGGCUGUUCCUUCCCAGAGCAGCAUUCACAGUUUUGACAGUGACCUGGAAAGCCUGUGCAAUGCUUUGUUGAAAACCACCAUGGAAUCUCACACCAAAUCCUUGCCCAAAGUACCAGCCAAACUGUCCCCCAUGAAACAGGCACAACUGAGAAACUUCUUGGCCAAGAGGAAGACCCCACCAGUGAGAUCCACUGCUCCAGCCAGCCUGUCUCGAUCAGCCUUUCUGUCUCAGAGAUAUUAUGAAGACUUGGAUGAAGUCAGCUCAACGUCAUCUGUCUCCCAGUCUCUGGAGAGUGAAGAUGCACGGACGUCCUGUAAAGAUGAGGAGGCAGUGGUUCAGGCCCCUCGGCACGCCCCCGUGGUUCGCACUCCUUCCAUCCAGCCCAGUCUCUUGCCCCAUGCAGCACCUUUUGCUAAAUCUCACCUGGUUCAUGGUUCUUCAACUGGUGUGAUGGGAACUUCAGUGGCUACAUCUGCUAGCAAAAUUAUUCCUCAAGGGGCCGAUAGCACAAUGCUUGCCACGAAAACCGUGAAACAUGGUGCACCUAGUCCUUCCCACCCCAUCUCAGCCCCGCAGGCAGCUGCCGCAGCAGCACUCAGGCGGCAGAUGGCCAGUCAGGCACCAGCUGUAAACACUUUGACUGAAUCAACGUUGAAGAAUGUCCCUCAAGUGGUAAAUGUGCAGGAAUUGAAGAAUAACCCUGCAAGCCCUUCUACAGCCAUGGGUUCUUCGGUGCCCUACUCCACAGCCAAAACACCUCACCCAGUGUUGACCCCAGUGGCCGCUAACCAAGCCAAGCAGGGGUCUCUAAUAAAUUCUCUUAAGCCAUCUGGGCCUACACCAGCAUCCGGUCAGUUAUCAUCUGGUGACAAAGCUUCAGGGACAGCCAAGAUAGAAACAGCUGUGACUUCGACCCCAUCUGCUUCUGGGCAGUUCAGCAAGCCUUUCUCAUUUUCUCCAUCAGGGACUGGCUUUAAUUUUGGGAUAAUCACACCAACACCGUCUUCUAAUUUCACUGCUGCACAAGGGGCAACACCCUCCACUAAAGAGUCAAGCCAGCCGGACGCAUUCUCAUCUGGUGGGGGAAGCAAACCUUCUUAUGAGGCCAUUCCUGAAAGCUCACCUCCCUCAGGAAUCACAUCCGCAUCAAACACCACCCCGGGAGAACCUGCCGCAUCUAGCAGCAGACCUGUGGCACCUUCUGGAACUGCUCUUUCCACCACCUCUAGUAAGCUGGAAACCCCACCGUCCAAGCUGGGAGAGCUUCUGUUUCCAAGUUCUUUGGCUGGAGAGACUCUGGGAAGUUUUUCAGGACUGCGGGUUGGCCAAGCAGAUGAUUCUACAAAAGCAACCAAUAAGGCUUCAUCCACAAGCCUAACUAGUACCCAGCCAACCAAGACGUCAGGCGUGCCCUCAGGGUUUAAUUUUACUGCCCCCCCGGUGUUAGGGAAGCACACGGAGCCCCCUGUGACCUCCUCUGCAACCACCACCUCAGUAGCACCACCAGCAGCCACCAGCACUUCCUCAACUGCCGUUUUUGGCAGUCUGCCAGUCACCAGUGCAGGAUCCUCUGGGGUCAUCAGUUUUGGUGGGACAUCUCUAAGUGCUGGCAAGACUAGUUUUUCAUUUGGAAGCCAACAGACCAAUAGCACAGUGCCCCCAUCUGCUCCACCACCAACUACAGCUGCCACUCCCCUUCCAACAUCAUUCCCCACAUUGUCAUUUGGUAGCCUCCUGAGUUCAGCAACUACCCCCUCCCUGCCUAUGUCCGCUGGCAGAAGCACAGAAGAGGCCACUUCAUCAGCUUUGCCUGAGAAGCCAGGUGACAGCGAGGUCUCAGCAUCAGCAGCCUCACUUCUAGAGGAGCAACAGUCAGCCCAGCUUCCCCAGCCUCCUCCGCAAACUUCUGACUCUGUUAAAAAAGAACCUGUUCUUGCCCAGCCUGCAGUCAGCAACUCUGGCACUGCAGCAUCUAGUACUAGUCUUGUAGCACUUUCUGCAGAGGCUACCCCAGCCACCACCGGGGUCCCUGAUGCCAGGACGGAGGCAGUACCACCUGCUUCCUCCUUUUCUGUGCCUGGGCAGACUGCUGUCACAGCAGCUGCUAUCUCAAGUGCAGGCCCUGUGGCCGUCGAAACAUCAAGUGCCCCCAUAGCCUCCAGCACCACGUCCAUUGUUGCUCCCGGCCCAUCUGCAGAGGCAGCAGCGUUUGGUACCGUCACUUCUGGCUCAUCAGUCUUUGCUCAGCCUCCUGCUGCCAGUUCUAGCUCAGCUUUCAACCAGCUCACCAACAACACAGCCACUGCACCCUCUGCCACACCCAUGUUUGGGCAAGUGGCAGCCAGCACUGCACCAAGUCUGUUUGGGCAGCAGACUGGUAGCACAGCCAGCACAGCAGCUGCCACACCACAGGUCAGCAGCUCAGGGUUUAGCAGCCCAGCUUUUGGUACCACAGCCCCAGGGGUCUUUGGACAGACAACCUUCGGGCAGGCCUCAGUCUUUGGGCAGUCAGCGAGCAGUGCCGCAAGUGGCUUUUCCUUCAGUCAGCCUGGGUUCAGUUCCGUGCCUGCCUUCGGUCAGCCUGCUUCCUCCACUCCCACAUCCACCAGUGGAAGUGUCUUUGGUGCCACCUCAAGUACCAGUAGCUCCAGUUCCUUCUCAUUUGGACAGUCUUCUCCCAACACAGGAGGGGGGCUGUUUGGCCAAAGCAACGCUCCUGCUUUUGGGCAGAGUCCUGGCUUUGGACAGGGAGGCUCUGUCUUUGGUGGUACCUCAGCUGCCACCACAACAGCAGCAACCUCUGGGUUCAGCUUUUGUCAAGCUUCAGGUUUUGGGUCUAGUAAUACUGGUUCUGUGUUUGGUCAAGCAGCCAGUACUGGUGGAAUAGUCUUUGGCCAGCAAUCAUCCUCUUCCAGUGGUAGCGUGUUUGGGUCUGGAAACACUGGAAGAGGGGGAGGUUUCUUCAGUGGCCUUGGAGGAAAACCCAGUCAGGAUGCAGCCAACAAAAACCCAUUCAGCUCGGCCAGUGGGGGCUUUGGAUCCACAGCUACCUCAAAUACCUCUAACCUAUUUGGAAACAGUGGGGCCAAGACAUUUGGUGGAUUUGCCAGCUCGUCGUUUGGAGAGCAGAAACCGACUGGCACUUUCAGCUCUGGAGGAGGAAGUGUGGCAUCCCAAGGCUUUGGGUUUUCCUCUCCAAACAAAACAGGUGGCUUCGGUGCUGCUCCAGUGUUUGGCAGCCCUCCUACUUUUGGGGGAUCCCCUGGGUUUGGAGGGGUGCCAGCAUUCGGUUCAGCCCCAGCCUUUACAAGCCCUCUGGGCUCGACGGGAGGCAAAGUGUUCGGAGAGGGCACUGCGGCUGCCAGCGCAGGAGGAUUCGGGUUUGGGAGCAGCAGCAACACCACAUCCUUCGGCACGCUCGCGAGUCAGAAUGCCCCCACUUUCGGAUCACUGUCCCAACAGACUUCUGGUUUUGGGACCCAGAGUAGCGGAUUCUCUGGUUUUGGAUCAGGCACAGGAGGGUUCAGCUUUGGAUCAAAUAACUCGUCUGUCCAGGGUUUUGGUGGCUGGCGAAGCUGAGGGCGUGUCAGCAGGCCUUUCGAUCCCUGGGACCAACCGCAUCCUCAGCUUCUUCCCCGAGAAAUGCUGGAGCAGGCUGUUCAGACCGACGUUGCCAUCAAAACACAUACACUCAGAAAGAAACAACAGAAACCAAAACUCACGAGACGCAUGAUUACUUGUUUUAUAUUUCAUGUUGGGUUUUCCCUGCCACUAUUAAACUGUCUGUUUCCGUACAGAA